AUUCACCGCCAGCAAAGAUUAGUCCUCUUCGAACAAUAACGGCACACGGUUCGAUAAGAGGCCGCACGUUUUUCAAAUUAGAACGCUACUUGGUGUUCAUUUUCCGGUACGGAAACGGGUGAUUUCCCGAAGUGUACUCCUGGCAAAUAUUUGUAAUCAAUGUGAUUCGGAAGUCAUUGGGCGAGAAAACAUAGUGUUGCACUUGUGUCCUUAAGUGUAGUAAUUGAUUUGGGGUGGGUUUGCCUAAUUGUUGAUUCUCAUUUAAAGAGUCGACACGUGUCAGUUGGUGUACAGAUAGAAAUCACGGUGAUAGUGGCAAUAGUUUCAAUUCAGUUCACAAAUGAAUCAAUAUUCGGUAUUUAUGACUCUAUUUUUGGAUUAGCGGAGGAUAGAGAAAGGAGCUAGUGAUUUUUGAAGUGAUAACGUUCAUGACGACGCCGAUAUCUGCCCUAGGAAUCAGCCCUCUGUAAACGAACUCAGCAUUAUAAAACACUUGUCCUGAACACGUGCACAAUGUAUGGAACAUAGGCUGACGAUUAAAUGCUUUCUAAGUGAAAAAUAAUACGAGGAACACAAAAAUAUAAACCCACAACGGGCUGAUAAAAUCGUCGGAAAAUCACCCCUAAAUAAACACGCCGAUUGCAUAUGUACUAGAAAAUCUAGGAAUCAGAUAUGGCGUGCUUUGAUUAGAAAACCAUUGAAUCCAAUCAGCGACGAUCCGCAAAGUCGGAUGUAGUGUUCCUGUAACACUCUACUUUUCUAGUCAUUAGAUCCUGUGAUAUUUCUUUCAAAGAGCAAAUAAAAGAUUGGAAAAUGUUCUCAAUGGAUCAUUUCGAUUUCGAGUCCUCAAUGGCCAGACAUUUUUUCGAGGGAUCACCAAUCACAAAUGGGUCAUCGUCAAGCGGAUCGGACUUUUUUCUGUGUGAUGAAAAUAGCUCGGAUAGUGACACAUACAGCGGAUUUAAUAGUGAUCAGGAAAAUACGGAGGAAAAAAGGCCAUCGAAAUCACGACGUAUGAAAUGUGCAUCACAACAAGCCCAACAAAGACAAGCAGCCAACCUCCGAGAGCGCAGACGUAUGCAAAGUAUAAAUGAGGCUUUCGAAGGACUCCGAUCACAUAUCCCUACCCUACCAUACGAGAAGCGUUUGAGUAAGGUAGACACUCUGAAAUUAGCAAUUAACUACAUAGGAUUUCUCAGCGAAAUCGUCAAAAAGGACAAAAAUGGCAAUGAUACAGGAUUAAGUGGCUUGCAGAGGAAUUGCCAUAAGGAGCCACCUAAGAAAAUAAUUCUAAGAGACAGAAGUGGUGGAAUCUCACAUUCCCUGUCGUGGCAUCGAAAGGGCGAUCGUUACCCCGGAAGCAAAUUAUAUGCUCGUGUUUGGACACCUGAAGAUCCUCGAGCAAGUCAACGGAUCAAUAGUAGUUCCUUUGGCAGCAAUAAUGGAAACGGGAAUGGCAAUAGCGGGAGCGGUAGUGGAAGUGGAAAUGUUAGCGGCAACAACAGUGGCAAUAACAGCAAUUGUGGAAAUUUGAAUGGUGGACUGUUCUCGCAUCAUACUUCAUCAGGAUUAUAACUGUUGAGAUAAAUAUUUUAUCGUUUCCUUAAUUUAAAUAUUGAAUUUUAACUAUUUAUUUUUAAACCAUGGUACCUUUAUUUAUCGCGGAGAUCUCGGAUAUCUAGUCAUUUUAUCUCACAUAAAGAUUAUUUUUUCAUAAUGUUUAAGGUUUAUUGUAAAUAGAUAAGGUAGAAUUGAAUAAAGAAUUCAUUUAGGAAA